UUUCUAAUCAUUUAUUUUUUUUUUCUAUCAUGAAAGCUUAUUGUAUUGCUCUCUUGUUUGCUCUCGUUGCUAUUGUAACUGCUCAAAGUAACUCUAGUCCUUUCUAUAUUACCAAUCCUCUUCCAGGUACUUCCCUUAAAGCUGGAGACUCUGUUGAUAUUACUUGGAAUAAUGGUCUUGAUCAAAGUGUAAAAGUGAUUGUUAUUCAAGGUGCCAAUGCCAACACCAUGUCUCCUACUGGUAUUAGUUUCAAUGUUCAAGGAGGUGAUGAACAUUAUCAAUGGACUGUUCCCAAAUCUCUUGCUCCUACUGGUACAUUUGCUUUCCAAUUCCAAUAUACUGAUGACAACGGUGCCACUCAAUAUUCUUAUAGUGGACCCAUCACUGUUACUGGUGGUACCGGAACUAUCGGCUCUGCUACUGCUUCUGCUUCUUCUUCUUCUUCUGCUGUUUCAUCUGUUUCCGCAUCAACUUCCGCUGUUACUUCUUCCUCUUCUGCUACUUCAUCUGCUGUUUCAUCUGCCUCUUCCUCUUCUGUUGCUCCUACUUCCUCUUCUACUUCUGGUAGUAUCAAGACCUCUGCUUCUGCUACUUCUACCCCUACUCCAAACUCGGCUACUGGUCUUCAAAUUACCUCCUUUGUCUUGGCCAUUCCUGCUUUGAUGAUGCUUGCAUUGAAUGCCUAGACUGAU